AUGACCCCUUCCCACCCCGGCGGCAACGCUCAGCGACUGCCGACCAUGGCCGACCAGCAGCAGCAGCAGCGCCAGCAUAUGCAGCAGGCCAGCUCGGCGAGCUACAUGUCUCAGGAUGCCAAGCGAGAGGAGCAGCGGAAGAUGCAGCUCGAGGCGCAAAGGCAACGAGAGGCCGAGGACCCGAGUCGGAGGGAGUUUGACGAGUACAACGCUUCCCUUCCCAAGAACAAGGUUCCCUUGGCCCAGCAGGAGAUUGGUGGCGGAUAUUACGGUGCUUCCUCGCAACCGACGCCCGACAGGUACAACCCGGUCAGGACGGCUCCCGCGGCGCCCAAGCCCGGCAUGGGUCAGGCCAACGGCUUGCGCGCGCAGAGGCAGGCCCCGGGCGCCCCCGCGGGAUCCAGCUCGGUCAACCGACCGCCGCUCUCUUCGCAGCCGAGCGCUUCCCGCGACCCGGCCGGUCAAUCGCUCCGGACGCAACGAAACGACGGCCCGGCCGGCUCCAGCAUACCCCGGUACCAAAACGGCGCCCAGGCGUCGCAGCCUCGUCCGCCGCAGCCUCAGGGGCAGGCCGCCUCGCGGCUGCCGGCGCCGGUCAAGCCGCUCAACGUCGUGCCCAAGCCGAGCCAGCCGCCGCAGGCGGACGGCGUCAAGGCGGCCGAGGCGGCGCUCACGGCCAAGCCACCGCCGUCGGAGCGCAAGCAGGACGUGCGCAUGUCGACCAUGUCCGAGACCGAAGUCAUGCUCAGGCUCAAGGAAGUCGUCUCCAAGGAUGACCCGAACCUGUCGUACUCGAAGCAGAAGAAGAUUGGCCAGGGCGCCUCGGGCUCCGUCUACGUGGCCAAGAUCAAGGAAACGGCCCAGGGCAUCGCUCGCGAAGUCCUCCGGCAGCAGGGCAGCAGGGCCCAGGUGGCCAUCAAGCAGAUGGAUCUCGCUCAUCAGCCGAGAAAGGAGCUGAUCGUGAACGAAAUCAUGGUGAUGAAGGACAGCCGGCAUCGAAACAUUGUCAACUUUCUCGACGCCUUCCUGCGAAACAACAACGCCGAGCUUUGGGUCGUCAUGGAGUACAUGGAGGGCGGCGCGCUGACGGACGUCAUCGACAACAACCCGUCCAUCUCAGAAGAGCAGAUUGCCACGAUUUGCCACGAGACAUGCCAGGGCCUGCAGCAUCUCCACUCUCAGAGCAUCAUCCACCGAGACAUCAAGAGCGACAACGUGCUGCUGGAUGCGCGCGGCAACGUCAAGAUAACCGACUUCGGAUUCUGCGCCAAGCUCACCGACACCAAGUCGAAGCGAGCGACCAUGGUCGGCACGCCGUACUGGAUGGCCCCCGAGGUGGUGAAGCAGAAGGAGUACGGGCCCAAGGUGGACGUCUGGUCGCUCGGCAUCAUGGCCAUCGAGAUGAUCGAGUCCGAGCCGCCGUACCUCAACGAGGAGCCGCUGAAGGCGCUCUACCUCAUCGCCACCAACGGAACUCCGCGGCUGAAGAAGCCGGAGAAGCUGAGCAAGGAGCUCAAGGCGUUCCUGUCCGUCUGCCUUUGCGUCGACGUCAAGAGCCGCGCGUCGGCCGAGGAGCUGCUGGCGCACGACUUCCUCAAGCACGGCUCGGGGCUGGCGAGUCUAGCCGAACUGCUCGCCUUCAAGAAGCAUGCGAAAUAA